AUGCUUGCUACGAAGGUAGUCAGAGCACAUACACAUCCGGACCUCGUCUUUUCCGGUCGAGCUGCUCUUCUCCCCAAUGCCCGAGUCUUUUUUCUUCCAAGGCCGCACCCAGUACUUCGAAAGCCAGAAGCUUGCCUCGUUCAAGCUGAUACGCCGGUGAUAUGCCCCGUAUCCGUACAAUUGAAGGCAGAGGAGGUAAUGGACAUCGUGGAAGGAUAUGGCUAUCCUGAACGAACAGCGACAGGAGAGUGGCUCGGCCGAUCAUCUUUCAUGCCACGCGUACAGACGCAUAUCACGAACAACAGAACAAUUCCUCUGGUCCUACCUGCAUUCCCAAUGAAAAGCAACAACCGCAUGGAUAAGGUUUUAGGCGCAUUGCCAGAUCUUGGGGAAGAGCUUGGUUUGGCGAGGUUGGCAAAUCUAUGUCGGGAUAUCAAGGCUGUGUAUCCGCCUGGUGCGGUUGUGAUCAUUGCCACUGACGGAAUUUGCUAUAAUGAUUUAACUGGGAACUCCGAUGACGAAGUCUGGGAAUAUGGAAAUCGACUACGGGAGAUUGCCAUUGAAAAGGGAUACGGCUGUAUCCAAUUCAAUCGGAUCAUGAAUAUACUUGGUCUCUAUUACCGCGAGAAGAUCUCUAAAUCAGAAUAUAUGAAGCUUUGUGCUGUAUCACGAGCAGAUCUUCAUCGUCGGUAUGGGAGACCAGGAUUUGAUGUUGAUGGGUUUUUGAAGAGCAACGAGGACUAUCUUCGAACAUAUAACGGAUAUGACAAGUUCAUGAAGAUCGAUCUCAAAUUUAGUCCGGUGACCGGAGACUGUCCCGGACCAAAACAAUAUAAGAAGAGGAUUAAGAUCAUAGCAAAGGCUAUGAUUGUUCGUGGAGUGGAAUAUGCAGAGCUAUUACGCCAGGUCUACCCAGAUGCAUUACGCCUCUCUAUCCAUCCCUCAUCGGGACAGACGAAGCUAUCUUGUCCCUUGAUCCCACAGGUAGAUUCAUUCUCCAUGAGUCCCUGGCACUGCAGUGUUGCAGUAAAAACGGACGGUACAUUCACUACAGCCCACAAAUCCUCACACCGGCCGAGCUUUGACCUUGUGGAGCGGAAUGGGCAGCCAUAUUUCUUCCGAGAAAGGUCGCCGCUGUUCAGAUGGAAUGCUGAAGUAGAUUUUGAGCACCGAUAUGGACAGAGCCUGGUGAUUCGACAAAAGGAUCCGAAUGCGCAGCUCUCUGACUCGGACCUGGACAAGUUGGCAUGUCUAGCUAUCAAACAUAAAAUUGUGAAGUUCGUCUAUAUUUGA